AUGUGCUGUUUCAUGAAUGAAAGAGGAAGAAAUUAGGGGGAGGAGUUGGUAACGCUUCAUUGAGGGCUGAGUGGUGAGAUGGACCAGGAUCCCUCCUGUACCUCCACUCACAUUAAAUAAUCAAAUCUUCAAAUUUACUGGUCAUAUCGCUGAGUUGAUGAAUACAUUACGCUCCAAUCCAAUGACAGGAGAAAAGAACAUCAGGGUCAAAAUGGAUCCAUCCAAUGGCUUGAAUCGACCACUGGACAUUGUGCCAAACACUGAUGAGAAGAUGAAGGACAGAGGCCAGUGGAGCAAUAAACUGGAGUUUGUGCUCUCUGUAGCUGGAGAAAUUAUUGGACUAGGCAAUGUGUGGCGCUUCCCCUACCUCUGUUAUAAAAAUGGAGGAGGUGCUUUCUUCAUCCCAUACCUAAUCUUCCUUGCCACUUGUGGAAUCCCUGUGUUCUUUCUUGAGACAGCACUGGGUCAGUACACCAGUGAGGGAGGAGUUACCUGCUGGAGGAAAAUCAGCCCACUGUUUGAAGGCAUUGGUUAUGCCACCCAAGUCAUAGUAGCCUUGUUGAAUAUUUAUUACAUAAUCGUUUUGGCCUGGGGAAUCUUUUAUCUGUCCUUCUCCUUCUCUUGGGACCUGCCGUGGUCCUCCUGCAACAACACCUGGAACACAGAUUCUUGCAUGGAAUUUCAACGAAGAAAUAAUUCUAUCGACCAAAGUCAUCUGGAGAAUGCAACUUCCCCAGUUAUUGAAUUUUGGGAGAGAAGAGUCUUGCGGAUCUCCUCAGGUAUCGAGGAGAUUGGAGAGCUGCACUGGGACAUGGCCCUCUGUCUGCUUCUUGCCUGGAUCCUUUGUUACUUCUGCAUUUGGAAGGGUGUCAAGUCCACUGGCAAGGUUGUUUAUUUCACUGCUACCUUCCCGUAUGUUAUGCUGCUGAUUCUGCUAAUCAGAGGGAUUACUUUGCCAGGGGCAUCACGAGGCAUUCAGUUCUAUCUUUACCCUGACCUGGGACGUCUGGCAGACCCACAGGUAUGGAUGGAUGCAGGAACGCAAAUCUUCUUCUCUUAUGCUAUCUGUGUGGGCUGCUUGACAGCACUGGGCAGCUACAAUAAAUACAACAACAACUGCUACAGAGAUUGCGUGGCUUUAUGCUUCCUGAACAGUGGUACAAGUUUUGUAGCUGGAUUUGCUAUUUUUUCUAUCCUGGGUUUCAUGUCUUUCGAGCAGAACGUCCCUAUUUCAGAGGUAGCAGAAUCAGGCCCUGGAUUGGCUUUUAUUGCUUAUCCACGUGCCGUUUCCAUGAUGCCUUUCUCUCCUCUGUGGGCCUGUUUCUUCUUCAUUAUGAUUGUGCUGCUCGGCCUGGACAGUCAGUUUGUCUGUGUGGAGAGUCUGGUGACAGCGGUAGUUGACAUGUACCCAUCAGUGUUCCGUCGUAAAAACCGUCGAGAACUCCUCAUCCUUGCUGUGGCCUUCUUCUCCUUUCUCAUGGGAUUGAUCAUGCUGACAGAGGGUGGAAUGUAUGUCUUCCAGCUGUUUGACUACUAUGCAGCCAGUGGGAUGUGCCUCCUCUUUGUUGGUAUUUUUGAGACUAUUUGCAUUGCCUGGAUAUAUGGUGCUGAUCGUUUUUACGACAAUAUUGAGGACAUGAUUGGUUAUCGACCUGGACCUUACAUUAAGUACUGCUGGUUAUUCCUGACUCCAGCCACCUGUUUUGGCACAUUUGCUUUCUCUUUGAUCAAGUAUACUCCACUAAAGUACAACAAUGAGUAUGUGUAUCCAUGGUGGGGUUACGCAGUGGGCUGGCUUCUGGCUUUGUCGUCCAUGGUCUGUAUCCCUCUGUGGAUUAUGUAUAAGAUGGGCACUGCCAAAGGAACACUAAGAGAGAGAUUCCAUGAGCUGACCACACCAUCCCCUGAUCUGCCCAUAACACGACAGGAGCAGGAGAAACUACAGGUUCUCUUUGCUGCUGAUGGAGAAGGUCUUCCCCGGGGAAGAGCUUCUACCAAGGAUGGAUACUUUCCUGUCAGCGAGAAGGAAUCGCAAUGCUGAAUUCCUUAAUGGCAAGAGACACUAUGGAGCACUUUAUGUUUCUAUAAAAGUGGUCCUUGGAACGCUUACAUUAAUACCUCACACUGCUGAUGACAGCCAAAUAGCACCAAACAGAGGGGAAGUGAAAUCCUUUCAUAAUGUACUUUGGAUCUUAGAAAACGCUAUAACGCCCUCUAUGGGCACCUUUUUCACUGACAUCUAUUUUUUCCAGUCGUGUGGGCCAUUUUCCUGUUAGUAAGCAGCGAAAUUUUUCACCAUCAAAAACUGUGCAAUUUUUAACCAUUAACGGUUGCCUAGUUCGUGUGGGUUUCUGUGGGCUCCAGGUUCACUGGUUUUUCCUUGCACCUUCAAAAACAUGACAGUAGGUGAAUUGGCUAUGUUAAAUUACCCUAGGUGUGAAAAAGUGUGGGAAUGCUUGUGUGCAUGGUGUCCCGUAAUGGGCUGGUGUCCCAUUCAGGUGUGUCCCCACCUCGUGCACAGUGUUCCCUGGAUUGUCACUGGAUCCACUGCAAACCUGACCAGGAUAAAUCAGUUACUGAAGAUGGUUGAAUGAAUAAAGAUUCCCUAAAACUUUUAGAUUUAAUUCUGGGCUGUGGGAUGAGGGGCACUGAAUUAUGGACAAAGACUGAAUGUGGUUCAACAUUUUACAUAUAUUUUUUUUUGUUAGAUGUAUCUUAUUUUGGAGUCUGGAUGUUUAACAUAUUUGGUUGUUCCUAAAAUUUGUAGUAAAAUAGACAAGUAUCAGCUACAAAUUGUGUCAUAAAAUGACAAGAUUUUGUAUUAAAUAUAUUAUAUAAUAUAACCUUCCAAAAAUGUUGAUCCUUUUUACAGAUAUUUUACACAUAUUUUUUGUCAAAUUAACAUAGGUCUAGGUAUGUGUGGCUGUGUUUUAUUAUUAUUACAUGUUUCACCACUACGCAAUCUGAAUUGAAUUGAAUUGAAUACUUUUAUUGUCAUUGCAUGUAACAUUCAAAGAAAUUUGUAUUGUAAUUGUAUUGUAUCUGUCUUUAUAAUUGGAAUUCACUACACUGUAGGAGUAAAAAGGACAGCACCAAUAACAAGGUUUAUGAUAUUUCAAAUGGAACAUAGAAACACAAUGAAAUUCACUGACACUAUUGUGCAGGAAUGGGCAGAAAUUACCCAAAUGGCCAGUCAUAAUUUCAUUUUCAAUUUGCAUAUCCUUUUCCCAGUAAUACAGAUUUACACAAUACAGUGCAGUCCACUUUAGGACAUUAAAUAUGUUGUGGUAAUUGUAAUCAGUAAUACUAGUGAAAUCUUACUACAUGAGAAAGUUGUAAACUGAACAAACCAGACACUAAUUAAUUAUUAAUUUAUUAAUGAACUUUUAAUUAUUAAGUAAACUAUUAAUUCUAAGACCCAAUUCUUCAAAAAAAAUAAGGUGCAUACUCUGAAAUAAUAAUAAUAAUAAUAAUAAUAAUAAUAAUAAUAAUAAUAAUACCUUUAUUGUGGUCUAUGGGCAACUUUAUUAAGCAAACAGUUGUUGAUAUUGUGUGCAAGAAUUACUGCAGAUCUGUGUAGGAUUUUCUGCUAUUUUCUGGUGAAAAGAUCUGAAGUGAAUGCUUUUUUACUUAAAUGUUAAAUCACUGUUUGUUGUGGGAUACCCUGUACUAUAAUUUUAUAAUUCCUCUUUUCAUUCAGUAUUUGUAUUAUCAGUAUCUUAUACUGUUGUGUAGUGUUAUCUGUCAUUAUCAUUAGGAUGAUAGAUUUCAGAUAAAAAUUUAAGUAUAUUGGGUUUUUGUAUGGAAAUGCAACAAUUUAGCUAAUUGGUUGUCUAAUUAUUCAGUAUUCUGUGUUUAUACUUUUACACUUUUACUAUUCUUUUUGAAAUGUGAUGACGCAUGAUGAAGCAUGCCCAGUCUACAUGUAUAUAAUGUGUACAGAAUGGUUAUAUUUACAUCACAUUUACAUUUUGUAUAUUCCAUUUCCUGUUAAUGAGCCUGAAGUACCCCAA